AUGAGAGGGCGUUUAAGGACCGGCGUUCAAGCCCGAAAUGAUGGUGACCUUUGGAAAGAGGAUAAAGCAACCGGUGAUGAUAGUGGCAGUGUAGUUAAAGAGUGUGCUGACGAAAUACCUGCUUAUGGUGAUAUGAGUCCCUACUUUACCUUAAAACUUCAUUACGGGGGUUAUUUGAAUGAGGAUUGUACUGCUUAUGUUGGUGGUGAAAUAGCCUAUUUUGAUAUGUGUUCUGUGACUGGUUUGGAUUUAUUUGAAAUUGAUGCUAUGCUUGCUGAAGUAGGUUGUAGUACUCAGAGUAUGGAUCUUUGGUUUUUGACAAAUGAGCAUGAGUUUUGUGCUGCUAAUAUUAAUCCGAUUGAAACUAAUCGUGAUCUUGAGGUUGUGAAAACUCUGGUAGAGUGUAACUACAAGUUGGUAAGGCUCUAUACGACCCCAAAUGGUCCUGGUCUUGAUGGUGAAUUUGCUGAUUUUUCAUUCACACAACUGGCUAUAGAUCAAAGAAUUGAAAGGAUAGAAGAUAUAAGAGUUGAGGUAGAAGCUGCUGUGAGGGAUGAGGGUCUAGAAACUGUACAAGAGGAGGAAGAGAAAUUAAGCUUCCAUGGGGACAGUUCAAACAUGGAUUCCAGUGACACUCAUUUGCCCAAGUCUAAAAAAAAGAAGAGGAGAAUCCCACCUCCUAAUCCACCAUACAGAGCUAGAAAGAGAGGGAGGUACUCAAUGCUGAGGGGCUUAUUUAAGAACACAGAGGAAACCCCUGUUGUGCUAGAUGAUGCUGGUAAUGAUGUGACCCCAGAGCCACUUAAAGCUAAGAAGGGAAGAAAGGUUGGUGAAAAACAGAACAAGGGACAUGAGAAGGAGGUUGGUGAAAAAAUAAGCAAGAGAAGUGAGGUGGAUGGAAUUGAAAAACCAGGCAAGAGACAUGAGAUGGAGGGAGGUGAAAACUCUAGCAAGAGAGAAAAGCAGAAGAAAUCUGUACGGAGGUUGAAGAAGGGUACUCCAACAAAAAUUAUUGAAGAAAAGGGUGGGGAUAAACAAGGUGCAAAGCUGCCUUGUGUUAAAGAAAAAGUGCAAGAAGAAAGUGCAAGGGUGGCUGCUGUAGAGCCAAAAGAAGUGAGAAACAAUGUGAAGAACAAGGGCAAGUAUUUCAGUCAGAAAAAGGACAAGGCCAAGAGUGUCAAGGACAAGGAUGAAGAUGAAAUUGAGACAGUGUUGCCAGAAGAACAAGGACAAGAGAGUGUAAUUAAUGAGAAAUAUGUAAAAGAAGAUGAGAAAAAUGAAGAGAUGGAAGAAGAUAGUACUUCAUCAGAGAGUGAGUAUAACAGUAGUGUGGAGAGGAUGGCCAUCUCCUCUUGUGAUGAAGAGGACAGCACUUUUCCAGAAUUUAAUGAGCAAAAUGAUAUGGAGGAUCCACAAUUUGAGAUGGGUAUGCUAUUCAGCAGUGGCCAGGUUUUUAGAGAGGCUGUGAGGAAGCAUGCUAUUCUACACCAAAGAGGGGUUAGGCUCAAGAAGAAUCUAUCUGAUAAGAUAAAGUGGGUUUGCACUGCUGGAUGUGACUGGAAAGUUUAUGGUAUCAAGCAGCAGAGAUCAACCAAUAUUCAAAUCAAGACAGUGUGCAACAUACACACAUGUACACCUACAUGGGUUCAAAAACAGAUUAAUUCAACUUGGUUGGCUAGGACUUAUGAAGAAGAGAUAAGGAUGAAUCCAAGUUGGCCCUUACAAUCUUUUCAUGCAAAAGUUGUAAAUGAUUUGAAAUGUAACAUUUCAUCAACAAUGGCAUACAGGGCAAUGAGGAAGGCUAGAGAAACUAUAACAGGGAGGCAUGAAGAAGAAUUUAGCAAGCUAUAUCUUUAUGCAAAUGAAGUUAAGAAGGUGAUGCCAACCUCCACUGUGAAGCUGAUGACAGAGCCUGCAGAGAAUGGUUUUCCUGGAAGAAGAUUUCUCAGAUUUUAUGUAUGCUUGGGACCAUUAAAAGAAGGAUUUCUUGAAGGAUGUAGGCCCUUGAUUGGUUUAGAUGGAUGCCAUCUAAAAGGUCCAUUUGGAGGUAUAUUACUCACUGCAGUGGCUACAGAUCCAAAUGAAGGCAUGUACCCUGUAGCCUGGGCACAUGUUGAAGCUGAAAACAACAGCAGCUGGGACUGGUUCUUGGGGCUGUUGAAGAAUGACUUGAGGAUUGAAAAUACUGGCACCUACACAUUUAUCAGUGACAGACAAAAGGGGCUUGUAAAUGCACUUGAGACACAUUUCCCCCAAGCUGAAAUUAGAUUUUGUGUGAUGCAUCUAUAUCACAACAUGAAAAAAGAUUUUAAGGGUAUAGGAGUGACUAGGCAAAUGUGGUUGGCUGCUAGGUCUACUACAGACUAUUUCUUCAACAUGAACAUGGAAAGUUUGAAAAAGCUGAACAAGAAUGCUUAUGAUUGGUUGGCUGCAAAGCCAAGGUCUCAGUGGUCUAGGAGUGGCUUCAGAGAACUCUGCAAGUCAGAUGUUUUUGUUAACAACAAUUGCGAGGUAUUUAACAAUGCCAUUAACAAAUACAGAGAUAAUGGCAUUGUCACAAUGUUCAAAAAUAUUCACAAAACUUGCAUGGUGAGGAUCCAGAAGAGGAAAAGUAAGAUGGAGAAGAACAAAAAUAAAUUUUGCACCAAGACACUUAAAAAAAUUGAAAAGGCAAUUAAAGAUGCUGCAAAAGCAAGUCCAGUGUGGAAUGGUGGGGACAAGUACCAUGUUACCAUGUCAGCUGGAGGACAUGAGGUUGUAGUGGACUUGAAGCAGAGGAGAUGUGCCUGCAGGAAGUGGCAAUUGACUGGGAUCCCUUGCUUCCAUGUUGUGGCAUGUAUUUUAUUCCAGAAAAUGGACCCUAUGGACUUCAUUCAUGAAUGCUACAGCAAGGAGAGGUAUUUGCAGGUGUAUAGCCACAUUUUGGAGCCCAUAAGUGGUGAGGCCUAUUGGGAACAAACUGAACAAGAACCACCCUUGCCUCCUAUUAAGAAAACUGCACCUGGAAGGCCCAAAAAAAUUAGAGACAAGAAAAAUGAUGUGGUCCAAACCAGGCCAAAUAACCCAACAAUGCUGAAAAGACAGGGCACUAGUUUAAAGUGCUCAUACUGUGGUCAAUGGGAGCACAAUGUCAGAAAAUGUCCCAAAAAGAUAUCAGAUGGAGUUGAAGCAGCUCACCAAGCUGAAAAUCCAGAUGAGGUGCCAAAGUGGCCACAAAAACCAUCAAAAUGCAGUUACUGCAAGGAAGAAGGCCACAACCUCAGAUCUUGCCCAUCCAAGGCCCUUGAUGAGGAGAAAAAAAGGAAGGAUGCUGAAGAAAGUGCACAAAGUCUCCGGGAGAAGCUUGAGGACCUUCAAAAAUCACAGAAUGAAUUGUUUGCCACCCAAAAGCAACCAAGGACUAAACAAUUGGCAGGAAAGUCACCUAGAUCCAGCCCCUUAAAGAAUGGCAAGCAUGUUUUAAUUCAAGGAGGCACUGUGAGACCCUUCAAACCACCUGCACAGACAGGUCCUUUGGGAGUGGAGUGUUUUGAAAAAAAUGGUGAGAAGUUUACAACACUAGGACAGUUGCAGGCAGCACUAAGAAAGAAGAAGGGUCCUGCUAAGUAAUGCUAUUUUCUACAAAAAAAUGCUAUUAAGUCCUAGUGUUUGUUUGUGAAGACUCUUUUUUGUUGUUGUUGGUAGUCUUUUGGAUUAUGUUGGUUUUGAAGAUGGUAUUUUGGUUAGGAAACCAGUGUAUGGUCUUUUGAGGAUAUGAUUUUGGGACUUGGUCGGUUGUAUCCUAACUCAUACAUUUAUGUUCCCCAUCCGUUUUAUUCAAUGUCAUCAACUGCCAACCUUUGCAUUAUUACUUGUUUUUCUUCUUCUUUUGGAAUCUUUGUCAGUGUGUUAAAUAUUGUGCUUGGACCACUAGGUUGUGUUGUAAAGAAACUGA